UCCAACAUGACGUCUUGUAAUUACGCUCGCGAUAUUUUAUAUCAAAAUAAAUGUUCUAUUGUGUUAAAAGUGCCCAAAUUUACGGCUAGUUGAUCAAGGAAGAAAAAAGUGAUGGACACAAAUAAACAUUUCAGUGCUAGUGAAUUAAUUAAAGGUGAUACGGACAAAAAAAAAAACGAAGACAAAGACUAACGGUCAAAUUUAUACACGGACAUUACGGACAAGUUUUACUGGCGUUAAACAAGAUUUACCAAAAACAGCUCAGUGCUAGUGUAUUAAUUGAAACGCUCUUUUGAAAAAGAAAAAAAAACAGUGAAGACAACAAUAAAACAAAAAACAUUUUGAUAAAUUUCACCAGUCAUAACUAUACAAGAUCUACCCACAACUAAAAACGACUCUACACUGCAACCGAUACACGGACAAUAAUUACAGUGCUGGACAUUAAAAAAAAAACUUAGACUAAUUCAAAACAUACGAAACCUAAUUAAUAUUACUUGUUAUGGAAUAAUUAAUUAAUUAUUUAUUGAAUAUCUAUACCUAUAAAAAGGGAACUAUAACGCCAUCUGUCCACAACUACGAAGAUACAAAUUCCCGGCUCCAUAGAAGAGAUACACAUCACAGCAAUAAGUUAUACCGGGCAGCGCCAUCUGUUGUGCACCUGACAAAUCAACACUCCGUCGGCAAAACAGAGGGGCCACAUACAGAUACGCAUCGACACUGUCGGCAAAACAGAGCAAAGAAGACGAAAACCGUAAACAGAUUUGACAGAUCUCAACUAUGGAGGAAAAUGAAAGAAAUGUUAAAGUCGAUACAGAAACACCAGUUUAAACAAAGUGAGGAAAUGAAAUCUCUCGGCGAUACUAUUGCGCUACAAGUUAUAGACAAAUUAGAUGCAAGACUAGUGUUAAUCGAACAAAAACAAACGAACCUUGAAAACAAAUUGGAACUUCAGGAGAACCAAAUUGAACAAAUAGAACGCCGGCUGAGACAAAGAAAUAUUGUUCUGUUUGGCCUAGAAGAGCAAGAAAGAAGCUAUUUUGACUUGGAAACAAAUGUUUUACGAACCAUAAAUAAUACAAUGCAAGUACAAUGUUACGAAACAGACAUAGAAUCCGUUAGAAGACUUGGUAAGAAAGGAGGCAACGUCAGGCCUGUUAUCAUCACAUUCGCUACACUUGGCAGGAAAAUACAAGUUCUGCGAAAGAAAAAAAGCCUAGAAGGUACAAACUACUACAUUAAAGAAGAUUUCACAGGAAAGGUACUUGAAAAGAGAAAAGAACUCCAAGAAGAGGCAAAGAAAGAGCGAGACAAGGGUAACAAGGUGAUAAUUAGGCAAGACAAGCUUAUAAUAUUAAAAAAUAAAGACAUAUCAAGCCAAAACUGCGAGCAAAACGUCAACUUUAGCCAGAAGAAAAGAAAUAUUAAUUCAAUAUACUCACCUCCACAACAGACUUCAGACAAAGAAAAUAUCCCGGCUACACGAAUUAAUCCACAAGCUACAAAGAAAAAUAAAUACAUAAUUACAGACUACAUGACGACGCCUACUGGAACUUCAGCCAACGUACCAAAUACUACAAUAGUACAAAGACCACAAACACCAGCGAACCAGAAUCAACAUAACAAUAGUGAACCAAAAAACGCGUGACAAGAACCCCUCUCCGCCUCCCACCACGGUUGGUCACCGAGGGAGAGCUAGACCAAAACCCUCCAAGGACACCAAAUCAUACAACUAGAACAUCCCUUCUUCAAGGUAUAUGCCCCGACUGAAAAAGCCACAGAUGAACAAGUGAAAAUUUUCUAUGAAACAGUUGAAAAAGCGCACCAACAAGCAGAUAAAAACAUCAUAAUAAUGGGAGAUUUCAAUGCGAAGGUCGGACAGCCAAAAUCAGAGGAGCAUAUGAUCACAGGUAAACAUGGUUAUGGAUCUCGAAACCAGCGAGGUGAAUUAUUGAUAGACUUCUGCCUUGAGAAAAACCUAGCCAUCAUGAACACAUAUUUCAUGAAGAAAUUUAACCGAAAAUGGACAUGGAUUGCACCAAAUGGAAGGACGAAAAAUGAAU